AUGUUUCACCAGGAGCGAGGUGCUCCACCAGCCGCCCCAGUACCGAAGGCUCGUGCGAAGGAUAGCGGUGUACCUCCGCCUCCGCCUCCGGCGGCAAGCUCAUCUUUGAGCCGUGCGACGGACACGAGGCCCCAGGUCGCCAGUCAGUUUUCCAGAGGGCCUUCUCAUGGUGGAGAUGGUGCCGUCUCCACAGCAGCAGAGCCGGUCAGACAUGCUGCCUCAGCAUCGGAGGAGCCUACUGGUCAGCUGGAGCUGCUUGAGGAGCAUUCAGCCGAUUCCAGCUUUUUCGCGGAGGAGGGGCGGACGCUCCCCCAUGUUCCUCAGCCCAUGUCACGCACGGCAUCCGAGAACGAGGACCCCCCGGUACCUCGCCAGACUGCCCUUCAGUUCAGCUUAAGAGCUGCUGCCGAGACCCAGAGUGGCCCGGCCCCCCUACCCCCAUCUCCGACCACGCCGGUGCGCACCCCGCCCUCCCUGGGCCUGGCAGCCGACUUUCCCGCCGAG